AUGGAGCUUCAAGAUAACCUGGCUGGCCUUCGUGGCCUCUACCAGGAUCUCUCUGCUCUCUCGAGCUCAUCUUUUCUAAACAUCGAACGCCUCUGUGUCGAACUGGAAACGCAUAUCGAGGAUUUCAGGAAGCUCCUUGAAAAGCCCGGAAAAAACAAUGCCAGCCGGCAAACCGUCCUCUCCGGGAAAGUCACUAUUGCGGACGUGGAGUAUUCAAUCAACCAGGACUUCCAGCAGGGAUCGCUACAGCUAGCCGAUGCCUUGAAUAUUGAUGAAUUGGAAGCAGCCAUAAUGUUUUUGGCCGCCCAGGAAGAUUCGCAAGUGCUGGACAGGCCCCCUCUCAUUACCGCCAUCAUGCGAUUCCACGAACGCCGACACUUUCUGCUGGAAUGUCUACGCCUAAUAUUCCGAGAGUCGUUCGAAGUGGAGCGGGAAAUGACACAAGUCAUUAUGCAGGAGACACUGGCGCAUAUUUUGGAGAUCAAAAACAGCCCGUUGCGAAAUGCGUCGCUGUUCACACGGAAAGGCAUGGACUCCAUGGGGGACAUUGAGAAAUGGCUAUCACUUCUGGGCGAUCAAGUUCAAAAAGCCUCUGUUGUCGGCCUGGAGGAGGAUCGCGACAUCAUGGAAGCCAUCGAAUAUCAGCGUCACAGCCUACAGCAACAGCACGAGUCGCUUGGAGCCAUUCUUUACUAUCUUUUCAAGGGUACAUACACGAGUCCAGAAGAUUUCCGCCUUUUGAUCUCUCAGUUGAAAAAGCUGGAACGGUUCGACAGUUUACUGAUCCACUACGUUCCUGUCACGAUCGCAUCUUUUGUCCAACAUGGUUCUCCAGAGGGAUCUGGCGCAAACGAUUCCCGGAGUCUUCACCCAGUCGUCACCUCUUCCACGGAUGGACAGGGAUGGAAAAUCCCACACUUUCAUGCUGCAAUUAUUGCCCUGUGGCUGUCUGUUUACAGUGGGUGGUAUUUUGACAUGGGGCCAACCUCUCCCCAUCAAGGCGUCGACCCCGAGAAGGAAGCUGAAGAACGAACGAGAAUGUUCAUGUCUUCUCUCGACGAUGGCGCCCUGGACUUUAUGCUUGCGAUUUGUUCGGGAGUCAACAACGAAGAGUGGGCUGAUCCAGCGCGGAGCGAACUGGUGACUCUCCUGUUGCGAGAGAGCGUCGUGCCGUUGCCCGAGUCCGAAGCUUGUUCUCAAUAUAUGAAACAGCUUCUGAUGGAGAACUUUGAGGUCUUUGUGGAGUCGUGCAUUGCGAACAUGCCUGAUGCCGUUCGGUUGCUCAAGUCAGAGGAGGACACUCAGCGAUUGGACCAGAUUACUGCUCUUCGAGAUGGCCUGACAUCCAGUCUUCACCGCGGCCUGGUGGAAGCACGUACUCAUCUUGAGUCCCUCUUGAUGAUUAUGUCUUUCGCUUUCGAGGGCCGGGAGGAUGCUGCCCAGGAGUUUUGGGCCGAUCCCGAUGGCAACCUCUACGGCUUCCUCCAGUGGGCUUCGAAACGACAAACUGUCCCUCGAGUCAGUGCAUUUUGCGAAAUGCUGUGCGCCAUCUCCGGUGGCGAAGAAAAUGCCACCGCAGUGCAUCGAUUCUUAUCAGAAGAAGACAAAUUUAUGUCCUCGAAAUUCAAGCGAUCCACGUCAAUGAAUUGGACGCAAAUGUUUGCGGAACUCCGCCUAUAUGCUACUCGGGUCACGGAGAAGCCAUCGAGUACGACCACCUCGCAAGGAGUAUUGCGCUCUAGGAAGCCGGAGCCUGUGGAGAUGAGUGAACCGGAGAGCCCAGUCAUGCUGACAUGCUAUCUUCGCUUAAUGGGUCACUUAUGCAGACAGAGCGCCACUAUCCGAGAAUGGAUGCUGUUGAAUCAGACAUUCAGCGUGGUUACCACCUUGUUGACGUUGUGCAAUGGGCCAAUACCGACCCAUCUGCGGGCAACUACCUUUGCCACGCUCUCGGCACUCAUGACCGAGAGAACAUCUGGGAAUGGUAACGAAAUGUGGAUCCAAAUCGAUCAGUGGUUGUCCGGCGGGACUAUGGGUGCUUCGGGCAUGGGCAAGGUGCCAUUGGUCUCCAAUCCGCCUGUAUGGCACGAGCAGCAGUCGCUCCAGAAAAUUGGCGAGAGCUUUGAUCAAACGAAUGCGUUCGUUGUUCUUGUUAAUUCUCUGGUAGCGCCCACUUCUGAUGUGACGGGCAACCCCCUAUUCCUGCCCUUCCCCGAGUCCCUCGGUGGGACCUAUCGUAUGCCUGGCAUUGAGCCCUACAUUGAUUUCAUAUUGGGGCACGCAUUUUCUCGGAAAAUUCAGGAUCUCAACGAUUAUCAGUCACGCAUUUUGACUUAUCAUUGUCUGGAUUUCGUGGUGUCGAGCCUGAGGACUUUCAACGAGGACCUUGUCACUGUCUUGAGUCAACCCUCUGUUUCUUCUGAUUCCGCCACGAAAGCCUCGUCACUGGUUACUUACGUUCGUCUUCACCCAUUUGCUCGAGUAAUCGAAUGGCUUUUCAAUGAAGACGCUCUCAAGGCCUUAUUUGCGACUGCCAAGCAGGAUGUUGCCGAAGUAGCACACGCAUCCUCCGACUCGGUCUUGGUUCUUACCCUGCUCCGCAGUAUUGAGGUAAUGAACUUGGUCAUGGAUCUUCAGUCGACAUACUUCAACAUCGUUAGGCCGUUGAUCAAGACCCAAGCCGGAGGUCCAAGAACAACCGUGGCGAACUCUUCUCUCGCUUCUUUCGAAGACAGCGUACUCAACAACCUGGCUCUGAUACCAGCGCUGUGCCUCUACUGUGGAACCGGACACGAACAGCUUACUGUCACUUCUAUGGCACUGCUGGAGAAGUUGACGAGCUCCCGAAAACUCAACAAGAUGUCGUCACCCGAAAUCACCAAAUGGCAGUCGUCAAAUAAGAUCGUUGAGGUACUGGCUACAGAGGUUGAUGUCGACAGCGUGUCACGUCCACUUGUAUCACAAAUGGACCCCGACUCGAGAGAGUUAGAAUUUGGCUCUCAAUCGGCGGGUUAUGUCAUUCGAGAAAGCUUGCUUGCUCUCUUGAACAGCUGCCUCGGGAUGAUCACUGAUCGGCCAACCGUGGCCCACCUUCUUCUGGGGUUCGAUUGUGUCGGAAACAUUCUUGAUGUGUCAGCGGAUGGUCUAUUCGCACACCAAAUGUCGCUACUGCAUGCAAUCAUUGGGUUCUUGCAGACUUAUCCCAACGAUGUAGACGGGAGCAUUACAUCGUGGAUGGUACACCUCAAGCGUAUGGCCUUCGAGGUGCUCAAGCACCUGUGGUCGUCGAAGCUCGCAUCCUAUUUCACACUGGGUGAGAUGCGCGCCCAGGGCUUCCUGUUGAACAUGUUUUCUACCCAGCCCAUCAUCGGACCAAACACCCCAUGGAACGGGUUUCCCGUUGUGACCGAGGAAUUUUGGCUCACCGAUGCCACUUCCGCCUUGGCCGAAUUUCUACUCUAUCGCAGCCAUUUAUUUGCAUAUGCCGCAACCGAGAUCCGUUCAGCGGCGAAGGUUGGAUCGCCAACUCUUCAAGGAAACAUUUUGUCCACUUUACUUGGAAACUCGGUGCUGGACAACGGCGACUCCAUUUCUAACCCCUCUGUGUUCGAUCUUUUUGACUUUGCCGACCUGGAUGUUGGACGCGAGUUCAACUUGCCUCCACUAUCCUUCCUUGAUCAAAUCGCUUUUGAUGUCUGUGCAAAGCAAGAGGAGGAGUCUCUGGUUCUCUACAACGUCGCUGAGAUGGAAGAGUUGAUUCAGAUCCGGAAAGCAGAAUUGUUUGCUAACGGACCAGCACGGCCCCAGGAUGAGGAGCAAUUUCUGGCCGAAUCAGACAGCUUGAAGAUGUACAUUCUUGCUACAAACCAAAGCCGUCGAAUCCAACACAACCGGUUCUUGGCUCUCCGGUCCUGGACAGAGCUCAUCACUACCAUCAUCAGUUGUUCCGCGAUCGAUGAUGGAGGCCGGCCUACCUUCAUUCUACAUUCCAUUCAGUUGAUCCUUCCCAAGCUUGAGGCUGCAGUCGAGGCAGAUCUCCCUGAAGCUAUCGAAUUGGCACGGUUGGCCGAAACAUUGAUCAGCCACCUUGCAUCCGACGUUUCCGCAACGCACGGCUCUCGGAGCGGAGAUGUCAUCGAUGAGAAGCUCCAUCAACUCUUCCAAAUCUGUGCCCGGGGUAUUCUGCUGGCAACCGGAAAUGUGUCGCUGAGAGAAGUCCUCUACACUAUCUGCGCGCAGUACAUCACACGCAUCGUCUCUUCAGACUCGGCCCACGAGAACCUACGGCGGCACAGUCAACAGGUCAUCAAGACAGCUGGGCCUGGGCUUAUCGAGACCAUAUGCGAUGACGCAUAUACCGGGCAGGAGGCAUGCCGCGCAUCCGCUCUGCUACUGCUAAACUGCCUGGCGGUCCUGGACAGCCGGACUGAUUGUGUCUUGGCAGAGUUAGUCGCACAGUCCAACUAUCUCAGCCUCUUUCUCGAUGCGAUCCGGUCUCUCCCACUGGAGCUGCGUGACGCGCAGGGAAGCGACACAUCUGUUCUGCUGGCUUACUAUGAAUCAUUGUUGUCUCUACUUCAGCAACUUUCAUGCACCAAGAGUGGUGCCGUCCACGUCCUCAAAUCUGGCCUCUUUGAAGCGGUACGGGAUUCACAAUUAUUUGCGGCCGACCCGGACAUUGGUAUCGAUAUUGACAACCCGGAUGCCCUUCGAAAGUAUUAUGAUCUCCUGCUCUCUGUCAUCCGAGUGAUCGUCUCUGCUGUGUUUUCUCGGGGGAUCCACAACGAGCAGAUCAAGGAGCAGACCCGUACAUUCAUGGCUGAGAAUCGACCGUGCAUGGUGGGCAUCUUCAAGCGCUUCGCCCGAAUCGGAGACACCAAAGCCGACCACCACGAAGCUCUCUGUGAAUUGGUCAAGGCCUUUAUGGUUCUUGUUACCGCCACCGAUUUCCUAGACUUUGAGGAUCAGGAGGUGCAACAGUUUGCCCGACCGACGUUGUUCUCAUGA